CUCUGCUGAACUGCUUGCAAACCAAGUAGUCCUCUGUGCUUCGCCCCAGCACUCAGAGGCCCCACCCCCACCCCUCCAGGGGCUUUCCGAGAGACCCGGAUAUUGGGGUUGGCCCACAAUUGCACCUCGCCUGUGUCUGUACCCCCCGCCCCCCCUCGCCUCCGCACCUAGGGAGGAGGCGACGUCAGGCCCCUCGUUCUGGGGCCACAUGAAGGGCCCGGUUGGAGAAGCGCUGCACGCUCCGUCCAGCCUCGGGCUGAUACGGAGAGAGAUGGCGUUGCCACCAAAGCUCCCCAGUAGAGUCCCGGCGUCCUGGCGUGGCUGGGCCCUGUGUGUCUGGCUGCUACGCUCUGUCUCAGGUGCCUCAGAAGUCCUCCAGCCCUCUCUGUCCCAGCCUCGGUCUUCUGUGGUGAGUGGACGAGGCAAUCCACAGAUCUGGUGUGUGGUGCAGGGAAGCCCUGCCAGGGCUCAUGUCUUAUCUUGGUACCAGCAGUUGAAGGGGAGUGGCCCCACCUUCCUGCUGAGUCAGCGAGAAGGGGCUCCCCCCACCUAUGGUUUUGGUGUGAAUCCUCGCUUUCUGGCAGAGAUGGACCCAGCCCAGAAUGCUGCGCUCCUGACCGUGGGCAAUGCCAGCCCUGCUGAUGAGGGCACCCACUACUGUGCCAUAUGGUUUUCAGGCCAGUAUGUCUUUGGAGAAGGUACCCGACUGCUCUAUCAGGCUAAGAGGCAACCCCUGGCUCUGCAGCCACCUGAGCUGAGCCUGUUCAUCCCAGCCUACGGCCCUCCCUUCCAUGUACUUUGUGUGGCCCUAGGACAUAACCCUGACCCUCUGAGGGUGUCCUGGGUCCUGGAAGGCCAAUACCAGGAGGAAGAGGACUCCACGGGGGGAGCUGGGGAUCCCAUGGUCAGCUGGCUGCAGCUGCCUCAGGAGGUGGCAGGAAUGUCUGUGACUUGCCGAGGCUUGCACCAGAGUGGAGUCUUAGAAGUCGUGCUGCCCCUGCCCUGGGGCCGAGGGCACAGGAGAAUGCUGGAAGUGGAGAAUGCGAACAAGAGUGGACACAUUCUUCUAGUGGAGCUGGAGCAGAUUCUCAUUGCCACCACCUACUGCCACCUGGGACUACUGGGCGCAUUUCUCAUCUACGGCCUCAUCCUGGCUGCUCUCUGGAGGAAUCGCUGUUGUUGGGCCCACCCUACGGAGCCACUCCCCAGAGGGGGUCAAGGAGUGGCCCCCGGUUCCAGGGCGCAGGUGGGCAGGAGGUGCACUCCUGCUGCAGCCCCGGAGCACAAGUGGCCGAGCCCGAGGGGCUUCCAUGUCCUCCGAGGGGCUGCCCAUGCUCCGGACCCUCCCUCCUUGCUCCGGCCGGCUUCCUCCUAGUCUGCUGCCUUUCGUUACCCAUCGGGUCCCCCUUUCUCUCUCAGGCUGUCCAAAUUUCUCCAUAAAUACAGGGAAUUUGAGAAGUUA